UUGAAACAACAAAUAACGAAUCUCAUUUUUAACAGAAAUGAAGAUAUUAAAACAAAAGGAGGAGUAUAUACCGAGAAGGUUUAUGCAGUUAUCUCAAGUUUCUUUGAAAACUUGAAAUGUUUGACGAUUGUCGCACAAUCACUUAUCGACAAUUGUCCAUAUUUGUCGUUGCUGGAUUUACCAUUACACACAUUUUCCUCUUCAACACUUACUAAAUUAUCUAUCAAUGUAUAUAAUUUUUAUGAUGUUUGGGCUUUGCUUGAUGGUCGACUCAAACAAUUAACUACACUCAUUGUUCAAGUUGAACAUAUCAUCGAUUGGAUGGCAAUAUCUUACAAUAGGGUGAGUUUAUACUCCAUAUUAUUCUCGUUUCUUGAUUAGUGUUUAACAUUGAAGAUAAGAUGAAGUUUGUUGGAAGUGCAAGAAACAAUUAGAUUUCUGCAUUACUCAUAAUGUUUUAAUUUUGAUUAUUAAGAAAUAAUUCGGGAUAGACUGUUCUAAUGUUUUGACGUUAUUUCGAAUUCAUAAUUAAUUAUAGCUCAUGUGAAAGCUAUUUAUUAAUCUUUGUAGUUAUUGAAUGAUCGGAUAGAAUAUAUUUUGUUUUAUAUUUUUUUUUAAAAGUUGUAUUGAACUCAUUCAUCUAUUUCAAAAUAAAUUAAAUAAAGCUGUUUCUUAGAUAAAUUUCGACAGUUGAGUUGUCUUCUGAUCGUUAGAAACUCUUAGUAUUGAAAUGAACAUAUUUAAAAGAACUAUUGAUUUUAAUAAUAAUUUUCUAACUUCUUUAAUAUGAAUCUAACUAAAUGCUUUGAAACUCGCUGAGAAAAUUCUUUUUCUUAUAUAUUAUUUUAUAGUUUUAUUGAAUUAUUCACUAGUUUCUAUAUGUGAGUAUUUAAUAAAUAGCAUGUAAACAUCUUUGUCGUCGUGGUUAAUAGAUAACAGAUGUAUUGAAUAGAACAUAUGAAACAUGACAAAACAAUAUUUUUAAAGUAACUAAUAUUGAUAUGUUAAUGAUUGAUGUAAAUUUCUUAACUGAAAUAAUAAAGAUGAAUUUCUAAAUAUUUGUUUUCUAUUUUUUUAGAAUGAUCUUCCUAAUUUAAAAUGUUUUUCAUUAACGUGUUAUCGGAGUUUCAAUACAUUGGAUAGUCUAAUUCUACUUCUUCAUCGAAUGAAACAUCUCGAAGAAUUAACUUUGUAUCUUCAUGUUUUUAAUGGAUUGACAUUCAUUAGUGGCACUUAUCUUGAUAAUGAAAUUCUUAUUCAUCUGCCACAACUUCAUAGUUUUACAUUUUAUAUAGCUUCUCAAAAUGUCAUUACUGAUUCAAAUAAUCAUCUACUUCAUUCAGAUAUUGAACGUACUUUCAAAAAUCUAGGACGCUGGCAAGUCGCUUGCAUGGUAGAUUAUUUCGAGCCUUACAAAAUGAUAUGUCGCGUUUUUUCACUCCCAUUUAAAUUUCAUCUUCUCGAACACAUCGGAAAUAAUCUUCCAAACAUUAUAUUUAAUUCUGUUACUCAUUUAAAAUUAUGGGACAAAGAUCCAUUCAAAUAUGAAUUUUUCAUUCGACUUACUCGAGCUUUUCCAUUCCUUAAAAAUUUAUCUUUUUUUAAUAUUCUACCAUCGUUUUUGGGUCAAAGUUACCACCUUCGUGAUAAAGACUGGUGCGCGAUCGUUGAGUAUCCGCAUCUUAUUUCACUUGAUAUCGAUUGUGCAAAUGUUUGUUAUGUCGAACAAUUUCUCAAUGAAACAAAGACACAUUUGCCGCAUUUGACUGAAUUAAAAGUCACUUAUAUGAAUUUGGAAUUUGUGACAGAAAACUUUACAAAAGAUCAAAUGCGACGUAAUUGUGCGAAAGUGAAACGAUUAAUUGUUGAUAAUUCAAUAGUAUAUACAGACAAUGUAUAUCGUUAUUUUCCGUUGUUAUCAGUUUAA